AUGAGUGCCCCGCAGCCCAGCCCAGCGCCGGGAUCAGAGACUUAUAAGCCCCGAUAUAUCGAUAUAGGAAUCAACCUAGCCGACCCCAUAUUCAGGGGCAAGCAUCGUGGCGUUCAGCGACAUCCGGAUGAUCUCAAGGAUGUCAUCGGAAGAGCCAAGGAGGUGGGGUGUACCAAGCUCAUCGUAACGGGCUCUGACUUCACAAGCUCGCGAGACUCUUUAGAGCUAGCAAAAGAAUUCCCUGGAACUUGCUUCGCUACCGCUGGCAUUCACCCCUGCAGCAGCGCCAUAUUUUGCAAAGGAGGCCACGGGAGACAUGAGGAACAUACCACCCCCUGUGAACCUGAAGAUCCAGAAGAGACCGCACACCAGGGCGAGCCAGAUGCAGAAACUUCGGCAAAGGUGAUUGAGCGAUUCACAGCCUUCCUCGCCGAUGCUAGAUCGUCUGGCGAAGGGCAUCUGGUUGCCGUGGGAGAGUUUGGUCUUGAUUAUGACCGGCUGAACUUUUGCAGCAAAGCUGCUCAGUUGCACUCUUUUGAAGCCCAGCUGAAAGUUGUGGCCUCCCUGCAGCCUCAAUUGCCGCUCUUUCUCCACUCCCGAGCCGCUCAUCGCGACUUUGUAGACCUUCUGAAAGGGGCUUUUGGCGAGAAGCUCGAAAGGCUAGAAAAGGGCGGCGUGGUACACAGCUUCACGGGCACCAUUGAAGAGAUGAAGGAGUUGAUGGAACUGGGUCUGCAUAUUGGUGUCAACGGCUGCAGUCUCAAGACGGAAGAAAACCUGGCCAUGGUCAAAGAGGUCACUCUUGACAGAAUCAUGCUCGAAACAGAUGGUCCUUGGUGUGAAGUGCGGGCCAGCCAUGCUGGAUACCAAUAUCUGAUAGAGAAAAAGCCUGAGCCAGAACAACCAGCUCCGAAUGGUGAUGCUCAGCCGCAACCAAAGCAGCCAAAGAAACAGAAGAACCAAAAGAAGGAGCCCGAGGUGCCGGACCGCUUCAAGAUUGUGAAGAAGGAGAAGUGGCAAGAGGGGGCAAUGGUUAAAGGCCGCAACGAACCAUGCACCAUUGAGCGAGUUGCUAAAAUCGUUGCCGCCGUUAAAGGGGUAACCAUCGAGGAGCUUUGCGAGGCGUCUUGGAAUAACACAGUAAGCGUUUUUGGACUUGGUGAAAGAAACUAG